AUGCCUUUGUCCGGCCACUGCCUGUGCAAGGUUGUCACUUACACCGUGGACAUUGAUGCACCCCUCCUCGUGGGGUACGAUCAUUGUGACGACUGCCAGCGUCAGAGCGGGUCAACCUACUCUCUAGUUGCUGUUGUCCCCAAGGACAAACUGACUGUCAAUGGACCUCUCAAGAAGUGGUCUGGAACGGGAUCCUCCGGCAAUGCGGUGCACCGUCUAUUCUGUUCGGAAUGUGGCUCUCCCAUCGCACACGAUCCCGACGCGGCCCCAGAAAUUAUCGCCCUGAAAGCUGGUACUUUGGACACGGAGAUCAAGAAAACCCUCAAGCCAGACACCGAGAUCUGGACCGUUGGCAAGCUUCCUUUCUGCCAGGAGCACCUAGCUAAGCCUUUCAAGCAUAUGCCUGAAAAAUUACUCCGCAAGAAGCCGAUCUUAGGCGAUCUUAAAUUGAAUGAUGGUAUCGCCUACAUUGCGGUGCAUCUAUACAACAGAGCCCAACUAGCUAACCCGCUACGGAACAUCGUCAAUCCACUGUCCUCCGAGAUACUUAUGUCAAAGACACGCGCACCGAUGCGCAAUACGAGAUCCCAAUUCAAAGAAAGGCGGUCUCAGCCGUGGACUUCACGAAGAUCAGAGCCACAGGAACGGGAACCGACCGCGCAGAUCAGGUCGCGGGUGGCCUCAGGGGAUCUUGAAAGGAGCUUGCUUCUUUUCGGCGGCCACAGUUUGGAGCAACUCAGUGAAAUCGACCUCGAGGACGUACUGCAUCUCCUUGUUUCUGGGUCUUAUCCGACGGUGCCGCACAUGGAUGGUUUGAGCCACGAAUUGACAGAAGCCAUGCUAGCCGUGCCAGAUGAUGUGCAGAGAACGGUUUGGACCCAUCCCCAUCCUGACAUGAUUCCAGCAUCGCAUGAUGCUAAUAUUCACCGAAAGUGUCUACGAUUUACGCCGCCGACGAGGGGGAGAUCAUACUAUGAAAAGUCUUUUGUGAUGGCUGGACUUGUGGACCCAAGGACAGGUCGGCCAGAUCGUGUCAAGCUGUCCUGCUUCCGGCAGUUUGUUAUUCUCAACUCGGAUCACGGAGUGGCAUUUACAGCUUGUCGUGGGGACGGCUGCAUUUCCGUGCCACGAAUUCUGCCAAGAGAACUUUGA